CCACGCAGGCUGACGUCACGAUCACGGCCUCAGUCAGACUCCGAGCACGUGAACAGCACGCUGCUGAUCACGCGGCGACCAACUGACGGCCCACUCCUGAUUGGUCCGGACGGGCGAGCCCCUAGAUGCUAUUGGCUCAUCGACCGCACGCCGCAUGAUCACUCACACAGCCCACAACAACACAUCGUGCACCCCGACGUGAGAAAGCUUCAUUACGCUCCGAGCCGCUCAACGAGCAGGUUCUAUACUCUGCGCAAGACAAGCUUCUUUCUUGCGUUCGAAGCAAUUUGUAUUUUUUCAAAGCAGCACAAUGGACGUGGCUCCAGUGCCUCUAUCGCCACCAGCCUCACCCCAACUCAAGCAAGUGCACGUCGAACCUCUACAAUCGUCAUUCAGCGUUGCAGCACUGUUGGGUGAGAAACUAUUGCAAAAGGAGAUUGUUAAGUCGGGUCCAAAGAUCCACGUAGAUGGUGCCAGCAGGCCCGAUUUACCUCCAACACCACAACCAUCUGACUCCGAGGAGGAUGAGCCACCCCGGAAGAGAAGAUGCGUCGAACAAUGUGAGCUGGCAAAGCUCCUACUGGACGGUACACCACCACCAAGUCCCGAGCCACCAAGAGCUUCGGUUAUAAUGCGUGCCAAUCGCGACGGUACCUGCAGUCCUGCAAAUAUAAUUUUUUGCAACGACACGAUACCGCGAAUCAAGAUUCAGCCAGCACCUCCAACGGUCCCGAUUCACGACACACAAAUUCAUCACGACCAGGGAAACAUCUUGAGGAGUUUAAAAUUCAAGAUGAACCUACGCAAGGAAGAGGUCAUUAUGAACAGCAAGAAUACGGACCACGAGAAUUGCCAGCCUAAGCUCCAACCAUUAGCACCAAAGCCAGCACCAAUCACUAUGGUGGCAGGAUUGUUGGGUUCACCAAUCGUACUACCGCGUACACCCUUGUUAUUAGUAACGGCACAAAGCACUGCCACCACGACCACUGCACCGGAGCCAGCAGCGCGUAGAAGAGUUUACGAGUGCGAGCAUCCUGGAUGUGGAAAGAAUUACUUCAAGUCUUCUCACCUGAAAGCACACACGAGAACGCACACCGGAGAACGACCAUUCCCGUGUCCCUACGAGGAUUGCGGAAGGCGAUUUUCACGCAGCGAUGAACUUUCGCGACACAAAAGAACGCACACUGGAGAGAAGAAGUUCGUGUGUGCCGUGUGUCAACGAAGAUUCAUGCGCAGCGAUCAUCUGGCCAAGCACGUUAAACGUCACGCCAGAGAUAGAUUGCCAGCGAGCAAUGGUAUACACGGACCUCUUCCACAAGUAGCACCGGCUCCAUUGAGAGUCAGCCUGCUGCCGGUACUCGCCCCGAGGGUGCAGCAACAGCAGCGACCCCCGCAACUGCUACCGCCACAAUUAGCCGCGUGAAUCCUUUCUGUUGGAAUCGCGACAUAGGCGGAUCGGCCACUACGAAAGGAUCGUUAAAAUAUUAUUGAAAGAUUGAAGAGUCGCUAGCAAUUCAUACAUAGUGGAAUUUGAGGGAAUCUGUGUAAUAUCGAGACUGCCAAGUGAAUAUCAGUUAACCACUUUAAUCCGUACCCGGGUGCGUAAAGGGUUGUCGGCUUUAAGGCGCUCAAACAUUUAAUCUUAAAUGAAUAUUGGUGAACGUAUCCUACCCGAAUUCGCUGAUCUUCUCCUUCCACGUAUGAAAUUACUCGCGCGACAAAACGGGAGAGUGAGAGAGAGAGAGCAAGAGAGAAACACAUAGAUAUUCGACAUUUCCGCGCACUCGUCUUUAGUCGAGCAGAGUGUGGUGUAUUUAAGUAGUUCGGAGGAUUCUAAUCCCCAACUAAACACUUCAUGGUAGAAAAUCGUAGAACAGUAGAGGAUAGAAUUUGUCUUAAUCCAUCUUUCUCACUCUUUUCCUCUCUUUCUCUCUCUGAAAUUAAGAAAAAGUACAUAGUAAAAAAAGCAGUGGCCAUCCGUGAACCAAGUACCUAAGUGUGACUGUGAUUUUGUGAUGCAUAAACGCGUGACCGAGAGAAAGAGUAUUUAUUUUACAUUAAUUAUUUAAAUUGUACAUAUAUAUAUAUAUACAUAUAGCUCAUUGCCUCGGGACGCCUAUGUCGCACGUAUAUCGCUAUGUUCUAUAGAUAACAAGUAUCGAUUUUGAACUUCAUCAUCGACUCAUUGUGAAACGUGCUGUCCGACCUUGUCAAGGUCGAGCCUCCUCCUUUAGCAAUGAAGGAAACACAUAAGACUUAUAAACACGGUAAACAACAUUUUAUUUUGUACAUAUAUACGAGAUGGAGACUAAUUAAAUAAGACUUGUAUACUUUCGUA